AUCGGCGCGAGUGGUGGAGGUAAAGAGCCGGGUUUCCGUUCUAGAGCGCGUUCGCGGCGUAGCGUAGCGGACGGCGACGAGGCGGGAGAGGCGAAAGGCGACGCGCGGGAGAAGUGGAAAGCCGGGAAAAGAGAGCCGACGAAGGAAAGAGAAUCGGGGGUCCACAACAAAAUCGCUUAAUCGCUUUGCGCCACCGUCCGCAACGGAACACAGCCCAUCCGUCGCCGCCAUCGCAGUGCCCCCUAUAGUGUGCAUGCAUGUUCCUCGCUUUCUCUCUCCUCCUCUUUCUCUCUCCCUCCCUCCCUUUCUCCCCCAUUUACCCCUUUCUCCUUCUCUCUCGCUAGCCUAGUCUCGCGCUCCGUCUUUCUCUCCUUCUCCCUCUCCCUUUCCCUCUCCCUUCCUCGCCUUCGCGGUCUCUCCCGCUGUCUCUGUCUCCCCGUGAUUCGCUAUGCCACUUCGGACCGCGACGUUUUCACGGGCAAUCCGUGAGUGACAGCUGCCAGUGGCCAACGCGGUGAGUGCGUGUGUCUCUCGCUCGACGACUGACAACGGCCAAUACACCGGCUGUGCGUGCGUGCGUGACAGCUUGCGUGCGUGCGUGCGCGCGAAUACGCGCGGGUAAAUACGUAAUUUGACGAGGCCGUCCGUUUCGUUUCGCGCCCUGUUCCGAAACCGUGUGUUUAAUCAUCUGAUACGACGAAAGUGUGUACUUAUCCCCCCGGACCUUGGAGCAACGCGGGGGUUGGCGAUUACCACGGACCGGAUCAUCGCCACCGUUGCUGCUACUGCUGCUGCUGCUACUACUACUACUACUUCUACUACUGCCGCUGCUGCUCCGCUAAGAUUUGAUUUGUGGGUCAGGUCAUGGUAAGCGGCGGCAUGGCCGGGCAGCACUACUGCCUGCGCUGGAACAAUUACCAGUCGACAGUGACGUCCGUGUUUCACCAGCUCCUGCAGACCGAAACCUUCGUCGACGUUACCCUGGCAUGCAACGAGGCCUCGUUAAAAGCGCAUAAGGUGGUGCUGUCGGCUUGUAGUUCCUACUUUCAAAAACUUCUGCUGUCGAACCCUUGUAAACACCCGACCAUCAUCAUGCCGCAGGACGUGUGCUUCAACGACCUCAAGUUCAUCAUCGAGUUCGUCUACCGCGGGGAGAUCGACGUCUCACAAGCGGAGCUUCAGUCGCUUUUGAAGACGGCCGACCAGCUGAAGAUCAAGGGCCUGUGCGAGGUGCCGGAGAACAGGGACGGUCCGCCACCCGUGAGCCUCAGUUCGCCGCCGAGGGAAUCCGGCACCCCGAGAUUGAACUACACGAAGCUGAAGAAGCACCAUCAACGGUACAAGCGACCCAGAAUCGAGCGGCCCACGUUCGAGCCGCGCGCAACCGAUCCAAGACACUACGAGCGUUACAAAGAGGAAGAGGCGAUUACAAUCAACGAUUAUAGCCUCGAUAACAAAGAGAAUCACCGGGAUUGGCAAGCCGAAGAUGAAGAGUGCACGGAGACAGCAACAGCAGCAGUAGCACUGGAAACUUGCCAACGUAACAACAACAACAACAACGGUAACGGCGCGAGUAACAACAACAACGGUGACAUGUUCUGUCACACAGGGCUAGGUCACUAUGGCCAUCAUCCUGAUCCCGGGGAGGUCGAUUUACCCCCCGAAACCCAACCCACUCCACCCAGCGCCACCUUGGUCGGCACUACCAUCACUCAUCUAAGGGAUCCGGAUCAUCAUUCUACAGAGAUUCAGAACUGCGAUAGCGAGAUUAAGAUCAAAUUCGAAACAUUGCACACGAUGGACUCUUCGGACACGAUCGACAUAGACAGCCACAUGUCAGAUCGGGCUAGCGUGAGCUCGAAAAAUGCCGCCGACAGUGACAACAUGAUGAUGAUAACACCAGAGCUACUUGGACUGAUGCCAUCGGGAAGCUCCGGCCAGUCGGACUCAGGCGACAACAAUUCGAGGGGGCAUUCUGGACAGUCCAGCUCGCAUCAUCACGGCUCGAAAUCGUGGACGCAGGAGGACAUGGACGCCGCUCUAGAUGCAUUGAGGAAUCAUAAUAUGAGUCUGACAAAAGCAUCGGCAACGUUUAAUAUUCCCUCGACGACUCUGUGGCAACGGGCGCAUCGACUGGGUAUCGACACGCCCAAAAAGGAUGGUCCCACGAAAUCUUGGAGCGACGAAAGCUUAAACAAUGCUUUAGAAGCUUUACGUACCGGCACCAUUUCGGCUAAUAAAGCAUCUAAGGCAUUCGGCAUACCUUCUAGCACAUUGUAUAAGAUCGCGAGGAGGGAAGGCAUCAGGCUGGCCGCACCGUUCAAUGCAAGUCCCACGACGUGGACGCCUGCCGAUCUGGAUCGCGCUUUAGAAGCGAUAAGAUCUGGUCAAACGUCCGUUCAGAGAGCGUCGACAGAAUUCGGCAUACCCACGGGGACAUUGUAUGGAAGAUGUAAGCGUGAAGGAAUCGAACUUAGUAGGAGCAAUCCCACGCCAUGGAGCGAGGAUGCCAUGACUGAAGCUCUCGAGGCUGUCAGAUUAGGGCACAUGAGCAUCAAUCAAGCAGCAAUCCAUUAUAAUCUGCCGUAUUCGUCAUUGUACGGGCGUUUCAAGAGAGGCAAAUACGAAGAACCCGUCGUCGGCGACAUCUCGCAGGAUGGCAGCAGUCCACAUUUUCAUCAGAGUCCCAAUCAGAAUCACUCGUCCGCCCUUCCAGAUCAAAUGCCUUAUCCGGGCAGCUGAAACUUACCUCUUUACUAGAGUAUUAAGUUAGCUUAAGCUCCAAACUUUUCGAUUCGUCACUGCAGCUCCUCAAAUUCUUUAAUAAAUACGCGAAGGAAGGAAUUCCAACGGAUUAGAGGCCGAUCGAAGAAUGCCAUUAUAAAAACACACUAUAAUAGUGGAGGGCACGAUUUACCCGCAGUAUUAAAGGCGGAUCGCUGUAAGCGAGCAUUAUGUACAUUGUAUGAUUUUUAUGUUGGGACAAGAGAAAAAAUUUAGAUUAUACUGUAAUAAUUUAUAAGAAUUAUUUAUAAAGAGAACAUACUGUACAGAGACCGGGGGACAUCGACCCCCAACGAAAACUACUUUUAGCACCUAAGUCAGUUAAUGAGACGAUGGAUGAGAAUAGAUAUUAUGACGGACGACAGUAUCCUGUUAAUUGAAAUCACGUCGCAAGAGAGAGGUAACAUCGUUCGUUUAAUUAUCAUUAUGUUGUAAUUAAUAUAUUAUAGGAUUUAUAGUAACGAACGACAUCAAUGAAGAUGCUUUCGAAACUCGAACCUGUAUCUUCGUAAGACAACAUACUGAAUUAUCUCGCAUUCAUGAUUUUCGGAUCGAAGAGAAUUUACAUAAUGAUUUCGCAUAAUGAGGAUACUUCGUGAGUAUAUGUCGAUACAGGGAGAGAAUAUACAUAUAAUUUAGUGUGUUAUCCACAAAAAUUACAUACGAAAAUGGCGUUAUAAUAUGUGCGAAUGGCUAAAAUAAGGUGAUAAAAGCAUAAAGUUUAUUACGAUUUAAAGGAUAUGAUUUUAUUGUUUCUCGAUGUUUUGUUUUUCUUUAUUUCAUACGAAAUUUGCAAGAAUGUUCUGUUUAUCUCCGUUGUGUCAAAUUAUAUAUUUUUUAAUCAAUACUCUUUCAAAGUAAAAUAGCUUACGACUGUUGGCUGUUCUAAUAGUAUUUCGAUGAUAACUUACAUGAGCGCUAAUAUUUUAAAUGUUAUAUUCCGCGUAAUAGACUGAUGAGUAGAAUCUUAUUGAUUUUUUAUUUAAGUUUUUUUUAUUUUAUUGUUAAAGACACAAAAAGCAUUUUUUUUUUUUUUUUAAGAAAAAAGUUUUUCCAUGAAAUGGAAAAGCAGUAUUUAUGAGUAGGUACAGCUUUUAUCGGUUUCUUAGAAAAAUUUAAGAUUCCCUCUCAGCUCAACUGCCACUUGUAUAAAUAUGUUACACACAUUAAUUUAUCAUGCUCACACUUAUAUUACAUAAAAGUAUACAUAUAGAUAUAUGCUACUUAUAUAAAUAUAUAUAUAUGUACAGUUUAUAUAUAUUUUAAAUUAAAAAGUAAUGCAAUCAAACUUAUGUGU